GCGCUGUCCCGGUGUCCCGGUGCCCGGAGCGGUAGCGCCAUGGCGAGCGGGAGGAGCCCGCUGGAUCGCGCCCAGGUGAAGAAGGCGGUGGAGGCUCUCUUGGCUUUCUCCCGAAGCAAGGCAAAGGGAGACGCGCUGCUCCUCAACGAGGGCGAGAGCGUUCAUCUCCUGGUGACGGUGUGGAAGGUCCCGCAGGCGGCAAAGCUCAUCAGAAUACCACUGCCCCAUGGCAUUCGACCAGAAACAGCUGAUGUUUGCCUGUUCACAAAGGAUGAACCAAACUUAUCAGCAGAACAGACUGAAAAUCUGUACAAGAAACUUUUACUCCGGAAUGGGAUCAGAAGUAUUAGCCGGAUCAUCUCCUACAAAACCCUCAAAAAGGAGUACAAAAUGUUUGAAGCCAAGCGGCGCCUCCUGAACAGUUUUGAUCUCUUUCUGUCUGAUGACCGAAUUAGAAGGCUUUUGCCCUCACAUCUGGGAAAACACUUCUAUGAAAAGAAAAAGGCACCUUUAUCUGUAAACCUGAAAGCCAAAGAUCUUGCCAAGGAACUGGAAAAACAUAUCCAAGGGACUACACUCCCAGUUAACAACAAAGGGUGCUGUUAUACAAUGCGCAUAGGUCGCACUGGGAUGAAAGUGGAUGAGAUACUUGAGAAUAUCAUUGCAGCAGCAAAAGUGAUUGGUGACAAGUUACCAAAGAAAUGGAAAAAUGUAAAAAUUCUUCACCUCAAAACACUUAAAUCAGUUGCACUCCCAAUAUUCACUGCGGAUAUCUCCAACCUGGAUGAGCUUGACAAACAGCCAUCCCUCAAGAAAAGUGAAGUAAAGAAGGUAAAACCCAAGAAAGUGAAGAAGACAGCUAAAAAACUGAAAUCAAGUCAAGUCACUGUGACAAAAGAAAGUAAAGCUGCUGGUGGUACUCAGGAGCCUGUGGUAAAAGAAAAGAUAGAAGUGGUCCAAGAACCAGGUGAUUGUGAUGACGAAGAAAUUCCACAACUGGUGCCUAUACAAACAACGAGCUCAGCUGACCUGAAGAAAAUGGGACCAAAUUCAGGAAAAGGUGACAAUUUGGGCAAGAAAACCAAAACACCCCUUGGUAAGAGAAAGAAAACAUCUCUAGUGGUGGAUACUCCAAAAUCAAAACCUGAGGUUACAGAAGAGAGUGCAAACUUGGAGACACCAUCAAAAGAGAAAAAAGCCAAGCAGGUCAGUAAGCCAAAGGAAGCAAUAAAAGAAAAAGACAUGAAAAAGGCUCCAAAAAAACCUGAAGCAAAGUCUUUUGCAACACCCAAAGCUGGCAAGUCACUACAGUCAGCCAGGAAAUCUUCAAAAGCACAGAAGCAGACACCCAGAAAGGUGCGCGUGCCACAGUCAGCAUGAACAUUGUCUGUUUAACGUAUUUUGUAUCAUCUUUUUCAGUAAACACAGUUAUUGAUGAAGUAAAAUACCUUCUUAGGAAAUCUGAUCCUAAGAGUUUUUUUUUCACCAAGGUCUGUAAUGAUUCAUCGUUUUCCUUCUAAUUUCCAAGCUGGUACAAAUAAACUCCCUGUCUUAAUGGUCCCAUCACCUUUUCUCUUUUGCUGGCCCAAACCAAAAACACUCAAAUUUUUCAGGUGUCAAAGGGAAGAGAGAGGUUUUGCUUUAACCAUAUAUAUUUUACAACAUCAAGCAAAAUCUUACCUUCAGUUUUGGGCUUUGUUUCUGCUACCAGAACAGUUGAGAGUAUUCUUGUAUGAUGGUCACAGAACUGUUGUUCUUCCAUCUGAAAGCCAAAGUCUGUGUGAAUUCCAGUUGUGCCAGCCAAGUGAACUUGUCCUGUUAGGGCAUGAAAAAUACAUACUUCAGGACUGAAAGGUGAUGUAUUUGAAAUUUUACACAACUGCUUAGUUGUUCUCUGUAUGAUAGCUUGUCUGUACUUUGCAGAGUGAGAAUAUGAGGCAGAUUUGUGUUGGAAAAUCCUAGUGGUAAAACCUCCAAAUAGGAAUAAGAGACAAGAUUAAUCAACAGGAAGUAACCAGCCUACUUUUUCUUUCAAAAAACUACCACAUCUCCUUUUUAUCCUCACAUCAAGAUAUUGGCUAGGAAGAAAAUGGGUGCUAAAUAAGAAUAUGAAAAUAUCCUCUUUGAUCUGUGGUGUCAACUUUUUUUGACGUUUUUGUAACUUUUCAACUAUUUUGUGAACCAAAAGCUGUGAUAGUAAUCCCAGUAAACCAAUAGCACUCACUGUCACUGGAAGAGUAGCAGCAGUAUAAUUUAAUGCACACUAUUUCCACUAAAAGGGGGAGGGUACCCAUUCUAUUAGGCUUGGUCAU